AAAACUAUGGUUUGGACAAAUGAGAAGCACAACUCUUAUCUUGAUUUCUUAGAAGCAUCAUUUGUUAAGAAGUUGCAUUAUUCUAAAAGUUUGUGUGGCUGUCACCAACAAAUGGGAAUGUGGGAACAAUGUCCAUUCCCACAGCAGCCACCAGAAGGACAUCAUUCUUCUCAUCAGUUUUCAGUACUACGAGAUGGCUAUGGCCAGAAGAUGAACUAUAAGAACCAUGACCAUUUCUUGGAAAGCACAGCUGAAUCUGGUGCUGUCAUGGAAAGUCCAAUGUUAGGUAAGUUUACGUCUGCAGACAAAAGAAGCAUUACAUUUCCUGUUCCUAGAGAAACUGUGGUUCCCAAUGAUGGAAUCUACUUGAGAAAUAGUGCAAACUUUUCUUGCAAAUCAGCGGUAAAUUCAGAGCAGAAUCCCAUCUUUGAUUCGUGCAAUCACAACCUGGAUAGCUACACCGCUGGUAAAUCUACUUAA